AAUUUUGAUUUCAACUAUUAAAUUUCAAUGUUUCAGCUAGAAAUAAGCUUGCGAGAGAGUAUUCAACAAUUAAAAGUCAUUCCACUCAAUUUUGAAAAUAUUGUUAGUGCUAUCAAAGCUGAAACUUUAACAUGGGAUAAAUCACCAGUGAAAAACUUUUGUUUAGCAUUCCAAAGAUAUGAAAAGUAUUUGGAUAAGAUGCUACCUUUUCUUAUUUUAAGGAUUCAAAAUAAAGAGUCGUGGACAUCUUCUAAGAUGGUGGAGUUAGUUCCAAAACUUAUUGUGGCAGCAAAGAAGUUAAUGUCUUGUUUCAAAAAGCUUUUCCGCUACAUUCAACUGCUUUCUUGUAUUGGCUCAUCAGAGAAGGACAUUUAUCAUGCUUCACAGACAGUUGUUGUGAAAAAGAUUUUCUUGGCUGUGCAAUCCUUACACACGCUACUUGAUGAUACUAGGAAAUUAUUUGGAUCAAAAAUUGCCUUGGAUCACCAGUUGCCCACGUUAAGCGAUUCAGAAAAGAGCACGGAUGAUUGCAUACUCUCUACUCUGGUAUCAGUCGCAUCCACUUCAAAAAAACUGGCUGAUUUGAUGGAAACUAACAUUGGGAUACUUUCCAGUGAUGUUUGGUACAAACCUAAGUUUGUGGCAAAAUAUGGAAAAGUGUCUGUUAGCCCUUGUGUUUGGCAAUUCAAAGAAAGGGGCUGCAACUAUUUACAGCGUAUUGCUCAGGAAGAAUCCCCUUCCAUUCCUUAUGAAGUAGCUCUGAAAAAUUAUCAGACACUUUGUGAUCACGCUGACAAUCGAGAAAAUCUUACACAACAGUUGGAAGAAUAUCAAAACAAGCUGAUGCAGUUGGAAUUGGACAAAGAAAAUUGGAUGUUGGAAUGUGAACUGAUGAAAGUGAAAAGCAUACAGGAUCCUAAUUCUGAACCUGGGAGCCCUCAGAUGAAAUUACAAGACUAUGACGAAAUCCAUUUGUUCGUCAAAAACACUGUCAACCAACUUAUCAAACAGAUUCAGUUUGCUGACAGCAAGGCUAUUGCCUUUAAAAAUGAGUGUGAAACCCUACACCAGAGAUUGAAAAUGAGUCUGGAGAAAAAGGAAGUAUUGGAAAGUGAGGUAUUGAUGUCAAGAAAGGAAGUAGAUCGGUUAAAGGAGGAGCAAAAGACACUGAUGCAGUCGUAUGAUGAGCAGCUGAACACAAUGAGUGAGCAUUUGGCUAAUUUGAAUGAAACUCUGACUGCCCAAAAGGAUGAAAUUGAUGCACUCAAACACUCAAAUAAGGUGAGUCAUAAUAUUUAUAAUUCAAGAAGCAUCAUGAUGAGUGUACAAUAUAGUUCAUCAUUAUUGCUAGCAUUGUCUUUUUAAUGGGUAAAAAAAAAA